GGUGGCUGGUGUCUCAACGUUCUGAGCCGGCUGGGGAACAGCUGCUGGGGUGGCCGCCGCUGCGGGCCUGGGAGGCUCCGAGCAGGGCUGGUGGCCUCAGACCAUCCGAGGCUGGUGAUUCAUGUGAUUUCCAGCACAUGCUGUGCAGAUGGUUUUCUGUCUGUUACAGACCACUGCUGGAGUGGGACCUUUGCAUAGAGAAGUCGGCCCCUGUUUUGCUGUAGUGGCUCUCCCUGAUGAUCUGAGUGGAUCUUCCCGGUACACCAUGGCACGGCAUAGCAAGCUCCAGAAGCAAGUCUUAAGCUUGUACAGACAGUUCCUACGAGCCGGCAAAGAGAAGCCGGGGUUCUUACCUCGGAUACAGGCCGAGUUCCGGAAGAACGCCAGCAUCCCCCGGAUGGAUGUUAUGCACAUUGAGUAUCUCAUCCGCCGCGGCCAGAGGCAGCUGGAGCAGCUCAGAGACGUUAACACCAAACAAAUGGGCACCUUUGUCAAAACCAAGCCGGAAGAGCGGUGACCCCUGCUGGCUGGCGCAGGCGGCUUUCUUGUACUGGGACAGUUAGCGUGUGAAUUCAGAGACAUGCCUUCCACAUUCUCACAUCCUCGUGCACCCCUUUCUGUUUGCACAUGGGUCCGAUCACAGUGAAGGAAAACUAUCCAGUCGGUGCAAUUGUCCUACCUGGAUUGGAGUUCACUGGGAUAAAUGAAGACUGGUUUAGGUGUCUCUACACGAGGGAGCCACUAGAGGGUGCAUUUGAGAAGCCGAUCUCUAUAAUUCUAAGCUUUUUAAUAAUUCAAGUGUAGAUGGGUGAUCUGGAGGUGACGUUCUUGUUUCCAAUACCUGGGACGUAAUCCGUUCCUACCCCUGUUGUCUCCUCUAGUCUCAAACAGGCAGAUUACCCAGAAAAAUAAA